ACCUUGGUGUUGGAGGCCUCACCUCUUCAUUGCGAGUUCCGACUGUGAAACCCUAGAUCGAGAAGGAGAAGAGCGACGAAGAUUGAUGGCAGCACUCGAAAAAAUUGUCUAUCUCCGUACGUGUGUGGGUGAAUAUUCUGAAAGUGGUAGAGAUAAAGGUGAAUAUUUUCAAACAGAAACGAAUUGGUACGCAAUUAAAUUAGGCAAGAAGAAGGAUGUCGACCGUUGCCCGACUUGCAAGAGAAGGAAGAUAGAGUGCGGAAUAAAAAAUCCCCUGAUUGCAAUCAAACCAAUGCCGAAGAAGAAGAUGAUGCCAUGGUCGAGCUGCUGUGUGGGUCUGGGCUCCAAAAUACACAGUUUUUAUGGUUCCUGCAUCCUGUCUGAGGAUGCUAGCAGCAUCUCGGGGCGGUGGAAAAAGGGUACUAUUAUGAACCACGUAAAAUCGUACAUUAGGGCGGUGGCUGUUGAUGGUAAGAUUUAUAUCUUCAGCGAAUUCCCGAAUUCUUAUGAUGAAAAUAACACCCUUGUGGUGCGCGGGAAGGUAUUUGACCCGUGCACAAAGAGGGCGACACCUAUUUCAAAACCUCCAAGCUGUCUACAAGCCGAUCUUGGAUUGUUUGCAGUUUAUCAUGACACUUCCAAAAGGAUCAUAUUGGGUUCCAAGUUCUCCAAGUUCCUCCUUGCCUAUGACGUGACAGGCGAUUCUUGGGAAAUACUAGACUCUAAUUUUCCUAAUUUACCAUGUGACAUCGCUAGAAACCGCCCUCCUGCAGUGUUGGACAAUACUUUAUACUGGGUUUGGGUUAAUAAAAAUGAUGCUAGCGGCUUAUUCGAUAUGAUUUGGACCUCAAAAUUUCGAUCACAGCGCCUAUCUUAGGUUUAAAUCGUGCUUUCUACCUAUGAUCUUCAUAUUGCUUGUAAACCGUUAUUUUUUCACUUCCAUGGUGAUAUGUUCGACUUGAUUUGGCAUGAUUUGGUUCAAUUCCCCACCAAAGAUGAUAUUCAAGAAUGUUCUGUUUUUGCUGUCACGAGGAUACGAGUUGUCAAACAAGUUGACAAGCAGAAUAAGCAAAUUUUUUUGCAAAGUUAUGUUCUCUUCACAGAACCUUACCUAGCUGACACCUUAAUAUCCGACAUGGAUUAUGUACUGCUGGAAUGAAUGACCAGUGACACGAGUGACAAGAAGAUAGUCCAUCAAGGUCUCUGAUAGAAAUUAGAAGCACUUGUACUAAAAGAACACAUCUGGUGUUAUGUUUGCUCUGAUUUUGGUGGGCUUGUGGAGUAUGUUCUAUUUAACAUUGCAGUGAUGUUAG